UUCUCUUAAUUCAAAGUCAACUCUAGUUUUAUACGAGUCACAUCCCACGGGUAGCACAGCGGCUAAAACUAACUUCUGCACCCGAACAGGCGCUCAUUUUGUCGGAUAUAAAAUCCAGUAAGGAGCCAGUGAAAUCCAGCGUGGUGGGGAGAUAUCUGCGUUUAUUUGUGCCAUGUUUUUCUAACGUUACAACGGAUUAUUGGAUGAAGCCCACACCUGCAGAGGAGCGUCCACUGUGAAGCAGGAUGAACGGAUAUGAACCUCCAGCUCUCGCCUCGGGCAUCUUCGGCUCCUACAACUCCCAGAUCAAUGGCCAUGGCUCUCACUCCCCUGAGCCCCCCAACUACAAAGCCAAGUCCAGUGCCAAAGCUCUGUACGAAAAAAGAAAGCAGUUCACCAAAACAAGCAUCAACAGCCUGACGAACACGUCACAGUAUCAUGUCGAGCACCUCACCACGUUCGUGUUGGACCGUAAAGACGGGAUGAUCACCGUGGACGAUGGGAUCAGACGCCUCCGGCUGCUUGAUGCUAAAGGGAAAGUUUGGACCCAGGAGAUGUUGCUGCAGGUGGAGGAGAAGGCGGUCAGCCUCAUCGACCAGGAAACCAAGAAUGAGUUGGAGAAUUUCCCCAUCGGGACGAUCCAGCACUGCCAGGCUGUGAUGAACGCCUGCAGCUAUGACUCCAUCUUAGCUCUGGUGUGUAAAGACUCGGGCCAGACCAAACCGGACCUUCACCUGUUCCAGUGUGACGACAUCAAGGCGAAUCUGAUCCACGCUGACAUAGAAAGUGCCAUGAGCGAUGCCAAAGGAGGCAAAGUGAAGAAACGACCAGAAGCACUAAAGAUGAUUUUAAAGAGUGAUGGGAUCAUCCCCCCUCCACCCGCCGCUCCCGCCCCCGAACCUCCUGUGUCGUCCAAUCAGCUGGACGUAAAGAGUCGAGCUGCCGCCUGGUCGGCCUGGACCAAUGAGCAGCAAGACUAUGAGAAGCAGAGACAGCUGUCUUUAGAGGAAGGUCCGGUGGAGAUGACGGCUGCUCGAGUGGACCGAGAUGUGCAAAUCCUCAACCACCUCCUGGACGACAUCGAGUUCUUCAUCACCAAACUUCAGAAGGCCUCCGAGGCAUUUAAGGAGCUGAACAACAGGAAGAAGACAAAGAAGGGGAAGAAGAAAGGACCUGGAGAGGGCGUCCUGACUCUGCGUGCCAAACCUCCGGCUGAGGAAGAGUUUGUGGACUGCCUGCAGAAAUUCAAACACGCCUUCAACCAGCUGGGGAAACUGAAGGAUCACAUCCAGAACCCGAGCGCUGUCGACCUGCUUCACUUCCUGUUCACUCCUCUAAAGAUGGUGGUCCAGACGUCCGGCAGCGUGGAUCUGGCUCGGAGCGUCGUGGUUCCUCUGCUCACCAGAGAGGCCAUUGAUUUCCUGCACGGUGCAGGGACGGCGGAGGAGAGACACCUGUGGGUCGCUCUGGGAGACGGAUGGACCAAAUGCAGGCUGGAGUGGCCGAAGGAUCACUACUUCCCCCCUUGUGUUCUGAAGUUUCGGGAUGGCUGGGAGCCUCCGAUGCUCCCGGCGUCAGCUCCGUCCAGAGAGGACCUCAACCACCUUGCAGAGAGCCUCGCCAGUGCCGAGAUCCAGAGACACGAGGAGCUGAGGGCCCGCCUAAACCAGGAGCAGUCAGCCAUGCAGAUGUUCCCUCCUACGGACGGGACUUUUGAUGCCGACGGCAGAAGCCAACAAACACUGUUUGCCAAAUCUAAAUACGACUUUGUGGCGAGGAACAACACAGAGCUUUCUGUGCUCAAAGACGAGGUUGUCGAGGUUCUCGAUGACAGGAAGCAGUGGUGGAAGGUUCGUAAUGGUUGUGGGGCGUCAGGCUACGUGCCAAACAACAUCCUGGAGAUCACCAAAGCUGUUGACAUUACUGGGAGGGGAGAGCCAAUCUACAGCCACACCAUACAGAAGCAGACUUCCAGGACUGAGCUCAUCACGAGUAAACCGGUUGCAACUCCGAUGCCUCCGGCUCCCACGCCGCCUCCUCCAGCCCCGGGCAGACUCCCCACGCCGCCGCUGCCUCCUCCAGCUGCUGAGCCACCCAAGGUGGCCCCCAACAGCAACAACAGCAUCGUCAGCCGGCAGAACAGCAGCACGUCGAGCGACAACGGCAGUGUCGCCAUGAGAGAGAACAACAACCAGAAAUCUGUGCUUGCCAACCGCAGGAAAUCCAACAUGGAGGAGGUCCAGGACGAGCUGAUGCACAGACUGACUUUAGGACGCAGCGCUCAGAAGAAGUUCCAGGUUCCUUCUCGCGGCAGCAUGCCGUCAGUCAGCAUCACCUACGACUCGACGCCAGACCACGUCAAGGCAUGGUUAGAGGCCAAAGGCUUCAGUCCUGUUACCAUCACCAGCCUGGGCGUCCUGACUGGAGCUCAGCUGUUUUCCCUCAACAAAGAGGAGCUAAAGACGGUCUGUCCCGACGAUGGCGCUCGAGUCUUCAGCCAGGUCACCGUCCAGAAGGCGGCGCUGGAGAGGAGUUCAGGCUCUGAACUCCAGGAGAUCAUGAGGAGGCGGCAGGAGAAACUGGCAGCGAGCACCUGCGAUUCAGGGGUGGAGUCUUUUGACGAAGGCAGCACCCACUGAGUUUCCUUCCUCUCUCCCUCCUUUACUUUCUUAUUUUCAAACUGCAGCCCGCUGUUUUCUCGCACUCUUCAUCCUCAGGCAGCGAACACCUACGCCGAGUUUGUGAGGAUCAUGCAGCGCAGGCAGGAACUCCUCAGCUCUUCCCCGUAGGAACAUUUAAAGAGCGACACAACUGACUGUUAAUCCGACCGUUAAACAGAGUGAAUAUUCUGCCAUGCUUGCCUGAAGUUCAUGUGAACACGUCUGGGGAUCUGGGGAAGUUUAUACUUCUCUUUAUGGAGAGUUUUGUUGGUGUUUGUAAAAAGUGAAGCUCAUUUUCCAAAGCAAACCUCUCAGUAUUAAUGUCAAGAUGAUGACUGGUGGGUUUUUAGCUCCAGUUUGUGCCUCAGUUCAUAACAAUGGAGUCAAACUGCAGACUAAAAGAUUAAAACCUUAACAACACCUCCUGAUCUCUCAAAAAUGUAUAUUGUAAACUCUCUUUACAUGCAUGAAACAAACUUUCUUGCCUCUAACACUCCAAGGUUUCAACAUAACACAACUUGUAGGACAUAUUAGAUGAGUUAAAGUACAUAAAGACUGCUCCAAAACAGCUGGAUUAAAAUUAUCGCUAAAGAAGCACAUUUCUCUUCUACUGUUUUGAAUUAUAACUUGUGGUGCAUCAACAAGAGCUGGGUUAGUCUUUAAUUUUGUCCUGAAAACCUCCAAAAUUAACCAGCUUAACCUUCAGUCAUACCGGAUUUUUGUGCAAAGUUUGAAUCAGAUAUCACAAGCAAGGGAUGAACAUGAGACCCAUUAACUGUACCACUGACCUAUGACCUUGAAAAUACAGUCAGUUCCUCCUUAAGUCUUAGUAGACGAGUUUGCAAAAUUUGUGAAAAAUCCAUCAGAGUUUUUGAGAUAUUGUGUUCACAAGCAAGGAUGAACAUGAGGCCCAGUAACACUGAAAUUAGAUUUGGAGUGGGCAUUUUUGCAAUGUUUGAACAACAUUCCUUAAAGUGUUUUUGAAAUAUUGCACUCUCAAGCAUGGGAUGAACAUCAGGCCCAGCUACCUUAUUCUUAGACAUACAGCCUCCAAAAGUUAACAAGCUGAUCCUUGAGUCAGACUGGACACAUCUGCAAAGUUUGAAAACACUGUUGUGAUAUAAAGUUUAAAAGCAAGGGAUAAACCUGAGGCCCAGUAAAGUUGACUUUUGAUCUAUGACCUCCAAAGUCCAAUAAGUUGAUUCUUUACUUGGAGCAGACAUACAUGCAAAGUUCAAAGAAAAUACUUGCAAAGCAUGCGUAAGAUACUAUUUUCACCAGCAAGGCAUGAACAUGAGGCCCAGUAACCUUGAUCUUUCACUCAUGACCUUCCUUGAGUCGAAGUGGACUUUUUAAAAAGAAGCCUUGAGGUGGUGCUACCAAACAGGGGAUGAACAUGAGGCCCAAUUACCUUGUCCUUUAACAUACAACCUCCAAAACCUAACCAGUUAAUCCUAGAGUCAGAGUUUUCAAAUCUUGAAAGAAAAUCCCUAAAGGCAUUGUUGCUAUAUCACAUUUAUAUGCAGGGGAUUAACAUGAGGCCCAAUCAUCUUGAUUUUUUACCACCAAAAAGAAUUCAGUCCUUGACAUUUGAUCUACAAUAUGACUUCAGAAAACAAAUCAAUUUAUCCUUGAUUUAGAGUGGAAACUUGUGUAAAUUAAAAUAAACUCAAACCAUUAUUGAGAAAAUACAUUUAAGUAUAAGGGAUGAACAUGAGGCCCACUGACCAUAGGAUUUAACCUACAAAGUCCAAAAUCAACCAGUCCAUGCUUGAGUCAUGUUGGACAUUUGUGCAAAGUUUGAAGAAAAAUCCAUCAACGUAUUCUCGAGAUGUUGGAUUCAUAAACGUGGAAUGAACAUGAGGCCCAAUGACUUUAGACCUCAUGAAUUCUAUUAGUUGAGCCUUAAGUCAUAGUGGGCAUUAUGUAAAGUUUGAAGUAAAUUCCUUAAAGUGUUGUUGAGAUGUUGUGUUCAAAAGCAGGGAAUGAACAUGAGGCCCAGUGACCUUUAAUUUUGACGAACGACAUCCAAAAUGCCCACUCUGACUCAUUCUAAAGCCAGGACAUGUUUACAAAUUCCAAAGAAAAUCCAUCCAAGCAUUAUUAAACUAAUGCAAUCACAAACAGGAAUAAGCAUGAUGUCCCGAAAUCUAAACAAGCCAUCCUUAGCUCAGAGAGGACAUUUAUGCAAAGAUCUAAAAGAAAUAUUGAUAUAAUUAUAAGAAUCAGCAAGAUUUAUAUCCACAGAGGUACAACCCAAAAAAUGAUCCAAUCACCGCUAUGAAAGUACAAAAUAUGGAAGACAUUUUCAAACAUUAACCCAAUUAUAAAACUUAACAUAGUAUCAGUUAGUUGUUAGCAAGAUAGACAACAAAGUAUCUUGUUUCUCCAACUUUUCUCUACAGGAAAGUCUGGCUAGUAUCUUGCUCCAUCAAGAUAUUUUGCAUCAUGUAUUGUGUGCAAGAUUAAGUUCUAAAUAUCUCAUGCUUGUAAAGUAUAAUCUUGUGAGCAUGUAUCUUGCUUCUAAAAGAAAAUGCAUUAAAAGAUCAAGCUACUAUUCUUUUUGAGGUGUGACAAGAAGGAUCUUGAGGAGCCAAGUCAUCACAAAUAAUAUUUUUAUCUUGCCUCAGACUCACUCUUGUGAAACAAGAUAGUAUAAUGACAGAUAUAACCCAAAAUAUCCCGUUUUAGCCAGAUAAUACUUUGCUAAAACAAUGUAUUUAGUCCAGAUGUUUUAUAAAUGGUUGUCAAGUAUCUUGUUCCUACAAUCUUGCUACUAAAAAGAAAGAGGCACAGACUGGAGCUUUCAUUACACAGGGUGGUAAACUGUACAGAGAACAAAAGAAAAAUAAUGUUUUCUUGGGUAUAUCAAAGGUAAUGCUUUAAAAGUCACAUGAAUUUAUUGUACAAUCCAGAUUUUUGGCCCAGAGAAUUAUGACACAUGGUAAAUAAACUUUUAUUAUUCCAUAGUUAAAAAAGUUUAAAUAUCUUAAUAUAAUUACUAGAACACAUGGACUGAAGACGUUAAAUUAUGUUUUUCAUGAAAUGCAGAUAACUUAUGAUAAUGUCUAAUUAUUGAUGUGAUUUAGAUUAGUGUCAGAAUAACAGAUUUAACAUGUUACUAGAUUUGGUGAUCAGCAUUUUUGCACAUUAAAUCAUAAAAAUAGAAAUGUUUCUGUGCUGGAGGCAUGUGAAGAAUCAAAUUUCUAAACUUAUUUAGGGCUGAUGGAUAAUCUCUAAAGUAAACCUCUGAUUGUAGCGACUUUUUAAAGUCGAAUGUCGUCCAAACACUGAACUGAAUGUAUUCUGCUGACUCAGCACCCACUUAAAGUACAAAUGUAAAGAAAAUUAUGAAUGUCUUAUUCAGGCUCCGCCCACAGCUACAGGUAGCCUCAUGGGUUUACAUCACACCAGGUUUUGUUGACAUGUGUUGAUGCAAGAUGACCAGUAGAGUUGUUUUGGUCAAUCAUGUUAAAAGAUUAAUUCAGCUGGCAACACUAGACGAUUCUCAACAGUUAGAUGUGACGUACUUUUACAGCUCACAAACAUGGCAGUGAGUAUUAACAGUAUUCCAUCUUCCCGUCCAUCAUUUCCCCCAUAUAUUUUCUCAAUUUUUGUUCUCACUGCAGCACAGAACACACACCAGGAAAGCCAACAGAUGACACUGAUCACCCUCUAAAAUUAUCUGCUGAAGUCAUGUUAAACACGAGUUUGUGUGAAAUCUCCAGUAACAACUUCACAGCAUACGCGUAGUCUGGCUAAAAUGUCCCUAUGUUUCGAGUCUCCUGUGUUUUGAAAUCAGUCAAGAUUUGAGAAUUGUCGAGUGUCUAGCCAAACUGACUUAAUUUUUUUUCUUGAUAACUUCAGUUUUUAUUUAUUUCAAAUCACUUAAAAUCAUGUCAGACUCAUCACUCUGCUCAAAACGCCUCUCUGCUUUUUCCCUGUAAACGCGUUUUUUUUAAAAUUGGUUUCUUUUUAAUACUGCCUCUCUGAUUGUCAUAAAUUCAUAACAAAAGGUUAAAAACAAAAGACCAUUAAAACCCCUUAUAACUUUGUUCAAAAAUCUAAAAACUUGAGUGGAUGUACAUCCAUAUUUUACUCAGUUUUCCUUCGACAAGUUUCUAAUUUUCUUACAAUCUUGGCUCAUGUAUCUUGCGCCCUACAACCUUAAAAACUACUGAAAUUUAACAAAAACUGGAAACCAGGGUUGUUACACAGGGGUAACAAUUCAAGAUCUCCAGAGAAAAAGCCACACUGCACUGGUGUUCAUUGGAAAAGGGAGUGCAACAAAAUUACUGCAUAUAUGUCCUCUCUAGGCUUGUGUUAAACUUUCAAGUGUUGGAUAAAGUCUGCAAUGCAUUGAAUUUAUGAUUGAUUACAGUCAUUUCAUAAUUUCUUUGUUAGUGAAGUGAAAUGUGUGGGUUGAAGCUUUGUAUGUGGCAGAAAAGUGGCAAAGCAAAUGGCGAAGAGUUUUAUCUUGAUAAUAGGGCUCAACAGUUUUGUUCCAGAAGUGAAAAUCUCAUUAAUUUUCUGGGGAUUUAAUUAUCAGCCAAAUUAUCAACAAGUAUUCAAGCUAGACUUAUGAUUGUGUAUGAUCCUGUAGAAGACAAAAGUUCACAAAUGUCAACCUCGCUCUUGAAAACAUUGUUUAUUCUGAAUCUCAGUCAAAAUACUACAAUAUCGGCGCGCCGGAAGUCGAGUGGUUAAGGCGCAUGCCAUAUACGCAGGUGACCCGGGUUCGAAUCCGGCCCGUGGCACUAUUUCCUGCAUCUCUCUCCCCUGUUUCCAACUCUAUCCACUGUCCUAUUAAAAUAAAGGCCAAAAAUAAAUCUUAAAAAAAAAAAAAAAUACUACAAUAUCCACAAUCCUUGAGUGUCACUGCGAUGCCUCUGAUUGGUUGAGUCUCGGGUUACCAGGCUGUUGACAUAUUACGACAUUUAAGUGUAGAUAAAGGUGCAUUUAUGGUUUGAAAGCUUGAAAAGUUACCAUUAAUGUAUAAAUGAAUCGCAAUGGAUUAAGGGAUACGUAGUUCCAUCCUUCUUGUAAAGGAAUAUGUACACAGUCUUGUACCUUUGCCUGUUUCUCCGUUUUUGAGCAGAAUUAAAUAUUUUAGAGUACUCGGGUAUUUGAAAGCUUGGUCCAUGAACUAAAAGUUUUGUAAUGAGGAUUUAAGGAAAUGUCUAUGGGGAUUUGAAUGCCAAAACUUAACUCUGGGAAAAGUGCAGUGGACGGAAUAUUGAGCUCUAUGUGGCAAGAGUCUUGUUGGGAAUAUUUACAAUUUUCCAUAGUCAGUAAAGUUCAAGACAGCACUUAAGGAAAUCUUGACAGAUUAUCCUGUUAUCUCAGGAUUACAAACCUUUUUUUUCCAAUGAUUACGUAGUUUUUUGUCUUUCUGAUGCUUAAAAAAAUUGAAUCGUUACCACUGGGAAAUCAGUUAGUAAGUCAAGAUCAUGAGGAGGGAAAAGCAGAAAUUGCUCACCUUUGAAGGAAGGUAGAGGAAAACCGAAUUGUUAUCGCAGGCUUAACAUAGAUAAGGUAACAGGGAAAUGGCCAAAAUUUACUUGUUUUCACGUGAAAAGGAGUAAAAUGAAACGUAUGGAUGCAUAUCCUCACUGGGCUUCUGUAAAACGUUAGAGAUAAAGUCUGAUGUGCAUUAAAAUGUUUAUUUCAAUCAUUUUAGGGUGAAUUAUUGAAGUGAAACUUGGAUGAGAGUGGCUUUAAAGUGGCGAAGAGUAUCACAGCGAGCGUUUGGAAUGGUGUUGUGAUUAUUUCAAAAUUUCUCUCAUUGAAAUGGAAGUCACAGGGAUUAUCAUCCCUAAAGUUCAUGUAAACUAUAUACAUUUUUGUUCUUUCCUGUAAAUCUCGACCCAUUUGUCUUACUAGCUCAGGAUGAGAAUGCUAGUUAUCCCAUAAUAGCAUGGAAACUUGGGAAAAGGUUUGAUGUGCAAAGGAUUUAUGAAUUAUUUCAGCCAUUUGAUGUUAAUUCCUUUAGUGAAAUGCAUAGUUUGAGGCUUUGAAAGUGGCAGCAAAAUGGAAGAAAAUUGGGAAUGUUUUGCUAAUGGCAAUAAUCAGCAGAGUGAUCAGUCUGGCAUGAGUCUUGUUAUUCAAAAACGUAAUAAACUUCCCAUUGAACCGUUGUAAUACUAGUUAAUUUUACCCACUGAUGUGAAAUCUUUCUUUACUUUCUAGUUUUUUAUUAACCCAGUCUUUAUUUGUCCGUGCUGGCCGCGAACUGCCUCUGCAUUACGUUUUUUUUUUUUGUUCCCUCUUUCUCUUUUUAUUUUCAUUUCUACUAAAAUCCGCCACCAACUCUCUUUAGAAGUCAAACAUCUGUAGGCAAAAAAUCCCUUCUACACAAGCACAACUCCACCAACCACGUUUCUGGACCCAUUUCUAACCUCCAGCUGGAGAAAAUGUUAAAUAUAAAAUAGAGAUAUGUAUGUAUAUAAAUGCUUGGAUUAAAAAAUGUACAAAAAUCAGUCAGUACAUUCUUUACUCACUGUGGCAUCGAUUGUAUUGAUUAUUUUUCCUCUUAUGCACUUAAGUGUCUCGGGACAUUUUUCUUGUUAAAGAUGUGGAAAAAUAAAAGAAACUAGAGAAACAUUGUAUUUAUCACUAAUGAUUACAGCAGAGUAGAGCACUGUUAAAGACAGAUUUUUCUGUAUUUAGUGGACUGUCCAUGUACUCAAACAGUUCUAGAGCCAAUCAGAAAAAUGUUAGCAAGAAGUCACGACUAAAACGCAUUUGUAUGUGUAUAGUUUUCAUGGUGCCUUUUUCAUUAUAAAUCUGCUCAUUCUGCAAUAAAACAUUUACAGAAAUCA